UUAUGGGAAUGGUUGGACGAAAAUGGUUGUGGGGAUGCAUAAGUAAAGGGUGAAAAAAGGGGAGUUUUUGGAGUUUGGAGAGAGAAGAGAGAGAUGUCGAAGAGCGAAGAGCAGGCGCAGGCGCAGGUGCAGCCGCAGACGCGGACGAUGGGGAAGAGGGAAGAAGAGAAGGCGUCGGUGGAGGAAUUGCUGCCGCUGGAGAGCAGUCCGUACGUGAAAUACAAAGACUUGGAAGAGUACAAAAGGGAAGGGUAUGGGGCGGAGGGGCAUCUGGAGCCGAAGCCCAACCAGGGGCAGGGCGGCGGCGGCACCGACGCCCCCACCUUGUCCGGCGCCGGCUUCCCGGAGGUCAAGCCCUCCACCAUCGACGUCGCCACCAACCAAGGCCUCAUCCCCUGAUCCAUCAACAUCCUUUCUUCCUUUUUGUCUCGACAACACGGCCGCUGCAAAACGCAAGCUUCUUCUUCUCGUAGGAUAACAAUCUUUCUUUUUUCUUUUUUAAUAUAUAGUAUAUAGAAAAUAUUUAAUUUCUUAAUUGAGCUUCUAAGUUUAGGAGCAUUGUAUUCCAAAAUUCGAUCACACCCAAACUGUACUCUGGAUUGGAAUGAGUUGAAGUCAAUUCAGAUUUACCAAUUUAGUUGCUUUA